UCUCCCCUUCAGUCCACACGCUUUUAACCCUUCUUCUCUAUAUAUAUUUGACAUCACCAAACCUCCACUCUCCCCAUCUCUUUUGUCUUCACAGCUCCUUAAUUAUCUCUUUAAUUUAGUAAAGCAAAUUAAAAGAUGGCUAAACUUGCCUCCCUUUUCAUCUUAACCCUCCUCCUCGUUUCCACUCUAUCCUUGAGUUUUGCCGCCCGGUCUGGCCCAGCUUUCGCUAACGACUCCCCUGCAAAAACCCAAUCUCAGGCCACCACUACUUCUACUACAACUGAUGGGAUAGAGCAGAGUGAAGAUAGGUGUGAAGGAGUUGGAGAAGAUGAGUGUUUGAUGAGAAGAACUCUUGCUGCUCAUCUUGACUACAUCUAUACUCAGAAACAAAAGCCUUGACUUUUUCUUAUUCUUGUUUCUUAGUUAUAAGCCUUUCUGCUUCUUCCUUAAUCAAAUUGUCUUAUAAUACGUAUAAACCGGUUACGUUUUUCUACUUUUGUCUGUGUUUGAUUCUUCCUUGAUUAUAGUGGGGCUUUGUCAUCACAACCA